AUGGAAGAUGCUUCAAUUGGUGUUUCUUCUGCCGAUGUUCCGAGGCGUGCCAAGGAGCUGGGGGCCAACAAGAUACCUAUAUCGGGAGGCCCAAGUGCCAUCUGGAUAUUUUGUCGGCAAUUCAUGAACAGUAUCACCGUCAUAUUGACGAUUGUUCUUGUGGUCAGUGCGGUCUUCAAGGAUUGGGCGGAGUUCGGUGUGGUGCUCUUCAUCCUGCUCUUCAACGCAUGCUUGGGAUUCUACCAGGAGUACGGCGCCGAGAAGUCUCUUCAUAGCCUGAAGGAAAUGACGGCGGGAAGUGCGAAGGUUCUCCGUGAUGGCGCCGCCCAAGUUAUAUUUAUCGAUGAGGUGGUGGUUGGUGACAUCAUAAUUUUAGAACAGGGCGCUUCUGUACCAGCCGACUGCCGUAUUGUAGAAAAUAGUGGUCUUGAGGUGGAUGAAGCACUUCUCACAGGUGAGGCAUUGCCUGUGAUAAAGCACACAAAUGCUAUCCCCGAUCCAGAGGGCCGCUGCGCAUUGGGAGAUCGCAAGAAUAUGGUUUACCGCAACACACUUGUGACUCAAGGCCGCGGAAGGGCGAUUGUUGUGGCGGCUGGCCUUCAGACUGAAAUGGGAAAGUUGGCUGAACGCCUCAAUGAUGAUGAUGGUACUGGGAAGACGCAAUUGAUGAAGACACUGGAUUACAUGAUGUACUUCCUGUUUGCCUGUUGUUUGGUUUUGGCUGUUAUUGUGUUCGCCACAAACAAGUUCAGAUUCGAGCAGUCAACGCUGUCAUAUGCCACGGCAGUUGCCAUCGCCAUUUUACCCGAGUCCCUUGUGGCUGUGAUCACCGUUUCAAUGACAGUUUCUGUCAAAAUCAUGGCCAAACAGAAGUGUAUUGUCCGCAAAUUGGCUGUCUUGGAGGUUCUCGGUAACGUAACGGAUAUAUGUUCUGAUAAAACAGGUACGUUAACGGAAAACAAAAUGGUUGUCAAAAAGGCAAUUAUUGGCACAGACGACGAAUUGACUGUGACAGGAGCACCGUACGAUCGGUACGGUUCCUUUGUGCGGGAUGGUGAACACGCGGAGCAAAUAGAUGUCGUGGCUGCCUAUGCGAAUAAUAAGUUGCUCUAUGAAUUCAUGCGCAGCGCCGCGCUCUGCAGCACAACUUCUCUACAUGUCGAUGAAAAUAAUGCUGAUCGCCUUUCGGGGAGCGGCAACCCAACCGAAGUGGCGAUUCAGGUGAUGACAUGGAAGGCUGACCUUUACCGAGAGAGAUUUGAGCAGGAGGGCUGGGAGUGCAUCGCAGAGUAUCCGUUUGACUCCAAGGUGAAGCGCAUGUCUACUGCGUGGUACAACAAGGUGGAGGAGAAGUUGUACGUUUGCACAAAAGGUGCCCCCGAGCGCGUUCUCGACCUUUGUACUUCGAAUAUCUCUGAGUCUGGAAGUAUUACUACCUUGACGGAUGAUGAUCGCGAAAUGAUUGCUGAGCACGUGAAAGGCCUGGCGUCUCAGGGACUCCGCACUAUCUGCUUCUCAAUGAGGCCGUGCACCCUGCAACAGUUCCCCAUUCCAGAGGAGGAGCAGUUCCUAAUGGCGCACGUUCGUGAGGUGGUUGAGCAGGAUCUGGUGUUCCUUGGUCUUGUCGGUAUUUACGACCCGCCACGCCCGGAGUCUCACCCUUCAGUGGUAGCUUGCCAACACGCCGGUAUUGUGGUGCGCAUGCUGACGGGUGAUCAUGCGGCAACAGCGGGAAGUAUUGCUGUGAUGCUUAACAUCAUUGGUAAGCGUGAUGUCACCAACCCCCUGAAACUGCAGAAUGGCCCCGACUUUGACAGAGUGGAACUGGAGACUGUUGAGGAGUGGGAAGAUCUUCCGUUAGUCGUCGGCAGGUGCUCGCCAGAGUCCAAAGUCAAGAUGAUCGAAUGCCUUCACAAACGCAAUCGUGUGGUGGCGAUGACGGGAGACGGGUUCAACGAUUCACCAAGCAUCAAAAUCGCUGAUGUGGGCUGUGCGAUGGGGUCCGGCACAGAUGUGACAAAAGGUGUUGCGGAUCUUAUCAUCACGGACGAUAACUUCGCAACUAUUGUAAAGGCAGUGGCUGAAGGCAGGCGCAUUUCACAGAAUAUUCGUAAGUUUGUGGUGCACCUCCUCUCUAGUAACGUUGCUGAGGUGAUUGCUCUUAUCUGCGGUCUUCCAAUUCGUUACAAUGACGCACCGGUAUUCGUCUUGUCACCCAUCGAGAUUCUGUGGUUAAACAUGUUCACAUCCGCCCCACCAGCGACAGGUCUCUCUUUGGAUCCAGCGAGUUCCGAUGUGCUUCUUGUUCCCCCAAACACCGCAGGCUUAUUCACCAUUGAGCUAAUCACAGACACUGUUGUGUACGGGUCCUGGCUUGGUGCGAACGCUCUCUGUGGAUUUGUCUUUAUUUUAUACGGCAUUCACGAUGGUCCAUCUGGUGAUGACUGCAACAGCCAUAACGGUACCGAUUGUUACAACAUUUGGCAGGCGCGGGCAACGGCGUUUGGGGUGCUCUACUUUGGAUUGUUGAUCCACACCUACACCGUGCGGCACCCUCGCAUGUCUGUCUUCUCCAUGAAGUGGUUCGACAACCAUUGGAUUUACGGCUCUGUUGCUGUUGGUGGUCUUCUCUUCAUCCUCAUUGUGUACGUCAACCCCAUCGCCCAUGGACUCUUUGUACACCACAUGCUCACCUGGCACUGGGGAGUUCUCGUAGUUCUCACGCUCAUCUUCUUACUGUUCUGUGAAUUAUACAAGGUGCUGAAGAACUGGCUAUUCCCGAUGAGGCAUGUCGAGGUACAACCCUCGGACGACGUGGAGGAGGAGUACAGGCGCUUCGCCGUCGCCCAACCCGACGACCGCGAUGUCGAGAGCAUCGCCGAGGAGCAGUUGCGCCUCUCCUUCGUGUCAUACGCAGGCAGCAUCGCUGGCGCUGGCACACGUCGUGGGAUCAAGAGAUUUGGUAGGAAGAAGAAACAAUCAAGCCCCAAGUAA